UUUAUGCUUUUUGUGGAUGUUGCAAUUCGACUGCGUAUAAAGUAAAGCAAUAUUGUAUAAAAUGCCUUCGGUUUUAAGCAAGUAUGCCGGUCUUAUUCAACCAAAACAUGUUGCCACGACCGCUGCUGUUGUGACAGGUGUUUAUUUAAUCGGUUUCACCGGGAAUUAUAACGAUACUGGCUCAAACCAAAGAAAACCUGUUUUCGGGGAGGCCGGUGAAGGAAAAACGAAGGAAAAGGCUCAACUGGAUGGCGUGUUUUUGAGGAGGAUCUUAAAGAUAUUGAAAAUAUUGGUUCCAGGUUGGUUUACUGCAGAAGUUGGGUAUUUGACGUUGGUUGGAGUUAUGUUGUUGUUGAGGACGAGGUUUGAUGUUUGGAUGAUUGCUAAUGGAACUGCCAUUGAAAGCUCUAUUAUUGAUCGAGACAGAAGUCGUUUCAUUAAAUAUUUGUUCAAAUAUAUUUACGCCCAGCCCACUAUUGCCCUAACCAACCAACUAUUAAAGUAUGGUCUCAAUUCAUUAAAGUUACGAUUUCGUAAACGUUUUACAAUGUAUAUGUAUGACCAGUAUCUGCAGGGGCAUACUUAUUAUAAAAUGAGCAAUAUUGACAACCGUAUCGCAAAUGCAGACCAACUUCUAACUCAGGAUCUAGAAAAGUUUUGCAAUUCAUUGGUUGAUUUAUAUUCAAAUCUUAGUAAACCCCUGCUGGAUAUCGUGAUUUAUAUUUAUCGGUUGACGGGCACCAUUGGCGCGCAAGGCCCGGCCAUUAUGAUAAGUUAUCUUGUGUUUUCGGGAUUGGUUUUAAACCGAAUGCGCCGUCCCAUUGGAAAAUUGACAGUUUCGGAACAAAGGUUCGAGGGGGAAUAUCGCUACGUUAACUCAAGGCUCAUCACAAACAGUGAAGAAAUUGCUUUUUACAACGGGAAUGAAAAAGAAAAACACAUUAUUGUUGAGACCUUCCAAAAGUUGUACAAACAUCUCCUUAAGUUUAUUCACUUUCGUUUUCGAACAGGGAUUGUUGACGACCUAAUUGCGAAAUACACGGCGACAACAUUCGGAUAUCUCAUUGUUAGCCGACCUUUUCUUGACCUCGCUUACCCAAAGUUUAUCAAUGCGUCGCAUACAGAGUUACUUGAGGAUUAUUAUCGUAGUGGAAGGAUGUUGGUUCGAUUAUCGCAAGCUAUUGGGAGGAUUGUGUUGGCGGGACGGGAGAUGUCUCGAUUAGCCGGCUUUACUGCACGGGUGACUGAUCUUAUCAAAGUAACGGAUGAGCUUAACAAUGGGGUUUAUCAACGAACAAUGGUCCAUCAAUCAAGUGAAUCGUCUCAUCAUUGUUUGGCUCCUGGUAACGGAACAAUUCAUAUUGAGGAUAAUAUAAUUCAGUUCGAUAAAGUUCCGUUAGUAACACCAAACGGUGACGUACUGAUCCAUGAAAUGAAUUUUAAAGUUCCAUCGGGGGUGAAUGUUAUUAUAUGCGGCCCCAACGGUUGUGGUAAAAGUUCAUUGUUCCGAGUUCUUGGGGAAUUGUGGCCAUUGUUUGGUGGAAAGUUGACGAAACCUCAUCGGAGCAAGUUGUUUUACAUCCCGCAACGACCUUAUAUGACGCUGGGAAGUUUACGGGAUCAGGUCAUUUAUCCAGAUUCUGUGGAGCUGAUGAAAAAGAAAGGAUGGAAUGACCAAGAUUUGGAAGAUUACUUAAAGAAAGUUCAACUGGAGAAUAUCUUGGUUCGUGAGGGAGGUUGGGAUUCGGUUCAAGAUUGGAUGGAUGUGUUGAGUGGGGGAGAGAAGCAGAGGAUGGCGAUGGCUAGAUUGUUUUAUCAUAAACCACAGUUUGCCAUAUUAGAUGAAUGUACGAGUGCUGUGAGUGUCGAUGUCGAAGGGUUCAUGUAUCAGCAUUGUCGGGAGGUCGGAAUUACUUUGUUUACCGUUUCCCAUCGUAAGUCUCUUUGGCGCCAUCACGAGUAUUUCCUCCACAUGGAUGGUCGGGGAAAUUACGAGUUUGAUAAAAUUGAAGGAAGUACCGUUGAGUUUGGGUCAUGAACAUUUAUCGUGCUUUAUUUAAUUAUUGUUGCGAUGAUGAUUUCUAUGCAUUAUAUAUUCCUUGUAAUUUAAUGAAGCUUUUACUCAACAAUGUUUAAAACAAUUUGUAAAUUUAUGUACCCACAAUAAUGAAGUUAUUAUUCAAAAUCAAG